AUGCACCCUGCAUUGCGCAAUGAGGACAUCCUGCGAGAAAUCUUCUCGCACUUUUACGUGCAAGGCGAUAAGCUUUCGAAUCGAAGAAGCCUCGCGCUGUCUGCGCGUGCCUGCAGAUCGUUCUCUGAGCAUGCGCCGGACACUCUGUGGAGGGAGCCUCCUAGUAUACUACCCAUCCUCAAAAUUUCGUUCGUGCAAGUCAACAUGCCUGAUGGUCAACAACAAUAUUUUCUCCAGGGACUUGUACCCCAGGAUGAAUUAACAAGAUUCUGCACCUAUACACGGCGCGUGCGAUAUCUGAACUACGUCGCGCUCCACCACGAAAACAUUGCGCCUUCCGUGUUCCCGCUGUUGAGCCAACUGGCAGGAGGAUCACCACUUUUUCCGUCCCUGCGCUUGAUAAAUUGGGAACAGCCGGAUUCAUUCGAAACAGCACUGUCGGCAUUUCUGUCUCCGUCGCUCCAGGCAUUGAGUGUGGCUAUAUCUUACACUAAACAAAUCGGAGUCGAGGGUCCUGCUAUUGAAAUACUUAUUUGCAACUUCGUGAUCCAGGCGCCGUCCUUGGAACUGUUGACGAUUCAGAAUAUACGUACCUCUGCAUUGCUGCGACAGAAUCUAGUGCAUUUCAAGCGCCUUCGCUCCCUAACCAUCACGGCCCCUCUCACUGCACCACAGGUCACGGAUGCAUUGACCCAAUUGGAGAACCUCAAUGAUCUCACCAUUACUCUCGAGGGUUCAGAGGUGGAGCCCAGCGACACCCCUCAUGCCAGCUUCCAUUGCCUGCAGCAGUUAUAUAUUCACCGAGGAACCGCUUCUGGCAUCCUGCACAUUCUGCAGGCUGCAGGCUCCUCGAUACGCCUGGACACAGUGUCGGUCGAAUGCUUUCCUCUGACUACGGAAUCAUCGUCUGUAUUCCGCAAGGCGCUCCAGUGUAUCUCUUCAACUCCUUCGUUGCACACCAUUUGCUUUCAGGGCACGUCGAGUACACGAUUUCCAGCAGAUACCUGCUUUGUCGACAUAUUCCAUCCUCUGCUCAACAAUCAUUUUCUUAAACGUGUCACCUUGACUUUUUUUUAUCUCUCGGACCCGGCUUUCAAAUUUACAGACAACGACUUAACAGAAAUGGCCAGAGCAUGGCCACGCCUUGUGGAUUUUGAGAUUUUCCCUGGUAUCACCGAUGUCAUUCCAUCCAUCUCUAUCGCCUCUCUUUAUGAGCUAGCCUACCACUGUCCAGAACUCGAGCGGAUAUCGAUCCUGCACCCAUUCACGCCAAUAACUACGGAAACAUUGAUGACUGUUCCUACUCUGACCCAUCAACUACGAAGGCUGGAGAUCGAGGAUUUGUGGGACGGCACUCUCGCGGAUAGACUGCGAUGUGCAUACUUUGUUGACCGUAUCUUCCCCAACCUUUUCGAACUUUUCUCCGAUACAGAUUGGGAAGGGCCCAAAUUAAGCGAACUCAUUUUGAAAUUCCAAUCCAUCCGGCGAGCACAAAUGGCGGUCAACCCUUGA